CAAACGAAGUUACACUGAUUAGCUUAGAGAAUCUCUAUGUAUAAUUAGUUAUUAGUAUGGAGUAUGGACUGGUCACUGGACUUCGUCUGAUAGAGAAAAGUUUUUUUUUCUCUCGUCUGAAAAAAAAUGACUUAACAGAGUAACGUUGAAGAGUAAAAUGAGUGAUAAACAUGUAGAUAUCGGUUUUCUUGAAGAAAAAAGUAACUGGUUGUUACAUCCUAGAUUUUUUCCAAGUAAAGUGGGAGGAAAGCCAGCAUGGUUAGACCUUAAAAACAUACCUGAUCCUGCUAAAUUAAACUGCAAAAAGUGUAAGGAACCUUUGAUUUUUUUAUGUCAGGUGUAUGCUCCAUUUGAAGAAAAUAAUGAUUGUUUUCAUCGAACAAUCUUCAUAUUUAUUUGUCCAAAAGGUUCUUGCUGUGACAUAAAUUCUGCAGAAAAUUUCGUAGUACUACGUUGUCAGCUACCACGUAUGAAUGAUUAUUUCUCUUUUGAACCGUAUGAAGAAAAUGAAAAGGAGGAUUUUCCGAUGGAAAAAUGGGCAAAGUUGUGCAACGUUUGUGGAAUAAGAGCACCAUCUCACUGUUCAAAAUGCAAAAAAGUUUAUUACUGUAGUCGCAAACACCAAAUCCUUGAUUGGCAAAAGGAACACAAAAGCAUUUGCUCUGACCUGCAAAAGACAUGCACACCAUGUCCCAAUAAUUUUAUAGUGACUGAAGCAGGAAAAUCAUUAUUAUUUAAAGAGUGGGAAUUAAUAGUAGAUGAAGAAGAUAAGGAGGAAGUCACUGCUGAAGACUCAAAUCAAGAAAUGGAGAAACUCAGAAAAAUGAUGCAAGAAAAAAAAGCUGGUACAUUGAGCAACGUUCCUGAUAGUGAAUUAGAACAAUAUGUAAAACCAUUACCAGAAGAUAAGGUUUACAAUAAAUUCCGUAAAAGAAUAGCGAGACAUCCAAACCAAGUACUAAGAUAUGACCGAGGAGGUGCACCUUUGUGGAUUACAAAAGUUUCAGGAAACUUAAUAACUGUACCCGAAUGUCAGUACUGUAAUGGAGACAGACAAUUCGAAUUUCAAAUAAUGCCACAAUUGUUGAAUUUUAUUAAUGUUGGUAUUGAAUUGAAUAGUAUAGAUUGGGGUGUACUAGCCAUAUACACUUGUAAAGCUAGUUGUAAUAAUGGUCCAGCAUAUAAGGAAGAGUUUCUUGUCAAACAAGAUUUAAAUAAUGAAACAAUUUAAUGAUUGAGCUGAAAACAAUAAAUCCUUUAUUUAUCUGUUA